UGUUUUUAUGUACUAUCUGUGGUUGCUACUGUAUUUUUAUUUCUUUCACUAUUGUAUUUUCUUUUCUUAUUGAUUUUGAUAUGCUUAGCUUGAGCAGAAUGUCUGUCAGAAACAACCUCUCUACUGUUAAGUAGAGGCAAGGUUGUGUACAUACUACCCUCCCCAAAACCCACUUGUGGGAUUACAUGGGGUUUGUUGUUGUUGUUGUUGAUGAUGAUGAUUUAUAGAUUGUUUUGUUUUAUGGGUGGGCGAUUUUUCAGGUGAUGAUGCUCUGUGUAGGGAAAUAUGGAAGGCCUGUUCUGGCUCAUUGUUGGAUGUUUCAAAGGCUGGGGAGAGAGUGUACUACUUUCCAAGACUUCAUGUGGAGCAGGUUAAAGAAUAUGGGUUCAGUUGAAUUCGAUAAACUAGGCUACCUAAGCCUGUGUUGUUUCUUCCUAAUGAAUUUUUGGGUUUUGGCCAGCUGGAGCAAUCAUCCAACCAGGAAUUGAUUGAAAGACUACAAUUGUCUAACUUACCCCCAAAGAUCCUUUGCCGUGUUCUUCACAUUCGUCUUCUGGUAUGCUUGAUAAUUGACAAUUUCAAAUAUUUUCUUUUAUCUUUUUGUGGGAGUUGAUGCAGCGGGAUUGAUGGAUCUCAAGGACUGAUUAGGAUAAACAAUCUCCCCUAUAUUAGUGUCAUUUAAUUUUCUUUGGGAAAUUCUUACAUAAAGUUGGUAUUUGGACCCUAUAUAUUCACAACAAAGAACGUCAACUGGGAAGUAAUGAUCACACCCAAGAAAAGAUCUUGAAGUGCAAAUCAUUCUAUGCUAGACAAUUAGAGCUUAAAUGAAGCGAUAUGGUUUGUGAGUAUUCAUAUACGUGACCCCAACUUGCUUGGGGCAUAGUAGUAUUAGUUGGUGUUUUAGUAGUAGUUCUUUGUUGUUGUUAAUGACUAUCAUUAGACAAUUUGAUCCCUUGUUUAAAGCUAGUUGCAAUGUUUGCGAGUUUGUUAUUGUUGUUGUUGACAAUUAGAUCUCACAGUUAAUGCUAAUGACAAUGUGCAUGAGUUAGCCUCAUGGACUAGCUAUACUGUUCGUUUUUGUAUUCAUAGACUAUGUGAUUUAAGUACCAACAGGUAGUCCUCCAUAAGAAAUUCCUCUUUCAGGUAUAGGUCCUCUAUGAUAUAAGAUUCACAAUGAGGCAAGUGACCCAUAUUCACUAGUUGUUUGAUAAUCUAUGAAUUCCAUUCAUCAUGUGAUUUUAUCCCUGUAUAUAGAUCCUCCAUGAUCCAACUAUGCCCACCAACAAAGCCUAUUCUUUAAGAGCAAUGAGCUCCAAUUGUUGGAACCAACUCUAGUGAUCUGUAUUUUGAUUUUGGGUUUAUGUAAAUCUCAUAGACUCAAGCAAAUUAAGGCACCCGAAUCAUCUAAGGUUAAUGGUCCCAAUUACUGCAUAUCAUCAAUUUUCGACGUACUAAUCUUAUCAAACUAAUACAUAAAUAGACAUUCAAACUUGGCCUCAACUGGCAAGUAAGCACUCCAACUUUGAGUAUGCACAUCUAGACACCUCAACUCGUCUCAAUUAUGUCACUUGGAUACUACAACUCACAACAUGAUCAUCUAGACACCUCCAAAAUUUAUGUGUCAUGUUAGCGUCGGGUGUCCACGAGACAUGGUGGGGAUGAGUUGAAGUGUUUAGUUUUCAGCUGACACCAAGUUGAGGUGUCUAGAUGUGCACUCUCAAAGUUGGAAUGCUUACUUGCUAGUUGAGGCCAAGUUUGCGUGUAUGUUUAUGUAUCACACCAUCUUAUUCUGAAGUAGUCUUUGUUUAAAGCAAGAUUCGCGGAGCCAUUUGUCUGCAAUAGUUGUUUUUUGGUAGGUUGAACAUGCGACAGAAGAGGUUUAUGCUGAGACCAUGUUAUUGCCAAAUCAAGACCAAAAUGAGCCAACAGUUACGGAUUUUAGUCCUCUAGACUCUCCAAGGUCCCAGUUUCAGUCGUUUUGCAAGUGUUUAACUCAAUCUGAUAUAAAAAGCAAUUGGGGACUGUCUGUGCCCCAGAAAGAUGCUGUCAAAUGCUUUCCUCCCUUGGACAUGGGACAAGAAAAACCAAGUCAAGAACUGAUAGCAAAGGAUCUUCAAGGAAAUGAAUGGCGCUUUAAACAUGCAUACCAAGGCCAACCACGGAGGCAUUCACUCACAAAUGGCUGGAGUACAUUCGUUUCUAGUAAGAAAUUAUGUAUCGGGGAUUUAGUUGUGUUCUUAAGGAAUGAAACUGGCAAACUACAUGUUGGGAUUAGACGUUUAUCUUAUCAACACUGUUCCAUUGGAGCAUCAACAUUUUCAAGACAAAGCAUGGAAGGGGUUCUUGCAGUUGCUUCUCAUGCCUUUGCAACCCGAAGUCUCUUUUUCAUCUACCACAAGCCAUGCUACAACAAAUCAAGUCAAUUUAUUAUGAGCGUGAGCAAGUAUUUUGAAGGUGGAAGCCAUGGACGUGGAGUUGGCAUGAUAUCUGGAAUGCAACACGGGGGUCAGGACUCUCAUGUGAAAAGAACAAAUGAUUUGGACCAGAUAUCUUUAUCUCAGGGUCAACAGACAACAAAUCUUAUGCUCGAGGAGGAUCAAUACAUGCAAUACCCGGAAGCAGUACUCGAUUGCGCUCAACCUACUAUGAUGGAUUUGGAGAUCAGACAGCAGACAGUGGGAUCGCUUAAUAAUAUCCAUUGUUUUGCUCCUGUAGAGGACAAUGGACUGCAAUUGCAUGCAGCAGUUGCGAGGGAGAAUAAUGAGGGAACUAUUCCGAAUGAAACUGUAAGCAUCCAAGCUCAAGAUGAGGACUUUGAUGAGCUAUUCAAGGAUUUUGACUUUCCAGACUUCACAAACACUAGUCUGGAUACUAUAGCUUUGGAUUUGGACAGUGAUUGGUUCAGAUCGACACUAAAAGAUUUCGGGGAAUGUAUUGAAGAGCAAGAAGAGACUAUUCCUCCCGGUCAGCAAAAUUCUUCAGAAGAUCACUCUACACAGACUUCUUCUGUAAUGGAGUAUUCGACUUCCUUCCAAGUGAUGUCUAUCUCUUCAACCCCGAGUCAGAUUCCCUAUGAAGGACCUGGUCGUGGUGACGAGCAAGUUCCUUGGGGAGGCUAUCAAGUAUCACGACGAACUUUACCAAUACUCAGUAGGAUUGUCUCACGGUACCCUGAUUCACUUGUGAACUUCAGGGUCGCAAAUAGCAUACUUCAGUCAGCAUAUUUGGAAAUAUUGGCAGAGUUGGUCUACUUUCUUGAUAAUCUUACAAUAGUGAACUUAUCCAAGGAUCAGUUCAAUGUUGCUAGGCAACAUAUCUGGGACCUAAAGUUAAGUGGCAUUGAAAUAGGCUGGCUUGAAAACCGUUUACUGCAUAUCGAUGAAGUAUUUAACAUGGAAAGUUUACUGCAACGGCGACAAGCACUCACACGUAGAAUGGAGGAGAGGUUUAAGCAGCUGAAUGAGGAACUCGAAUGUAUAGACAAGGAGCUUCAUGAACUAUCUCUAAAGGUUGGCCCAAAUCCUCCUAUGAGAUUUCACCCUGUCUUGGAGGGUUUGUUGUAGUUUUCAGUAAUGUUAUCCUUUCUAUUUGACUGCAUGAUAAGGGGAAAAGCCCAACGUAGUCCACUAUAUUUUUGUACGGAGGCUCAAAAUGAUGGUAUUUCUUUCACAUGAAGAUGAAAAGUUGGUAAGUGCGCCACUUUGUCAGAAAAUGUGACCAUUUUGAUCUCAAGUACAAAGAAUAUGUUGUACUAUUUUGGGCUUUUCCUGUCAUGAUAGGAUCUCCUGCUUGGAGUCAAGAUUUUUAGUUUAUGAAUUUUGGACCGCAAUUUGUUUUGCUUACUGGAUUA